AUGGCACACCGAACUUUAGAGCAACAUAUCUCAGUGGACAUGACACACAAGAAGCGCUGCAAUGAAACUGGAUGGGGACUCUACGCCAGCACAAACAUAGCAGCACGUGAAGCUAUCAUCUCCAUCGAAAGACCCCUUGUCAUCUCGCUCGAUAUUCCCCGGCUCAAAGAUACUUGCUACGAGUGCCUAGGAUACGGGAGUGAGGCGUAUCGAAACCCCGAAAGAAUUGCCUGGGAGGAAGACAAGAAACUACAAGUCUGUACCGGCUGUCAUGUGGUUAGGUACUGCUCAAAGGAGUGCCAAACGUUGUCUUGGAAAUCAGUGCACAAGCAUGAAUGCAGUCUCUUUGCUCGGUUGCAUCCGAACAUCCUACCAAACAACGUUCGUGCCAUCCUCCAGCUCUUGCUCCUUCGGAAAGCAAAUAGGCUUCCGCAUGGCGAAUGGGAUGCCUUCAUGAACCUCGAAUCGCAUCUCCAGCAAUGGGAAAGCAGAAAUGGACGGCAAUGGGAGGACAUAGGUCUGAUGGCUCGAGGAACGAAAGAAUAUGCUGGAACCGAUCUCAGUGAAGAAACCCUACGAGAGGUUUUUGGAAAGCUCUUAGUGAAUUGUUUCACAAUGGUCAGCCCAUUCUAUGAUCCUUUGGGGCUUGCGCUUCAUCCACUCGCUGCGCUUGUCAAUCACAGUUGCAAUUACAACGCAUUUGUUCGCUUCGAUACCUCGUCUCAUUGUCUCAGUGUUCUCGCAUUACGUCCCAUUGCUCGCGAUGAACAGAUUGUUGUAUCCUAUAUUGACGCAACCAAUCCGCGUCAUGUGCGGCAAAAGGAGCUGCAGGACAAGUACUUCUUCGACUGUGCAUGCAGCAAGUGCUCGGACUAUGUCACCAAGGAAGAAGGAGUUCCCCAACUGCCAGAGUCCAGUGAGCACUUGCUCGUUGAACAACGCGCAUUUGAACUCCUAGCUGCAGCCCAGAAAGACACGAGUAUCACUGGGCCUAUUCAGAAGUGCCAAUAUGGGAUUCAUAUCCUCCGAAAGACAGGCGCAUGGCCGCUCCAUCGACAACCUCUCGCUUCCCUUCGACAACAGCUCGUGGUGUCUCUCAUAGCUGCAGGCCAGAUUCACCUCGCGUUCGUACACGCUUGGAUUCAAUACCGGUCCAUCGACCCCAAGCUCAUGACAGAAAAACACCACCCCAUCCGCCUCGUCCAUCUCUGGCUCGUUAUCGUCCUGUUAAAGCGCAUAUACUUUGCCUCAUUCUCCCCAACAGAUCUUCCUAUCCAGAAAUACACUAUUACCAGUAACAGCAUCAUGCACAUAAAACUCAUUCACUACCUGCAUUGGGCCCUCAUGAAGAGAGUUGGGGAUGACGACGAUGGUACAUUCGCCCAAGUGGUUCGCCAUCAUUUUAUCCAGGAUGGUGGUUAUGAAAAGCAGCGAUACCCUAUUGCCAAAAGGGAUGAUUUCCUCAAGGAAGCUGAGAAACUGAAGGCCUGUACUACUGAGAUCCUGGAGAAGGAGUUGGUGUGGGGUGAAUCUGGUGCCGCAGCAUGA